AUGCUUGAAAGAUGGAUUUUGGAAGAUGAGGAUGGUGAUUAUGAUGAUGAACUUGGUUUGUUUGAUGUGCCUAUUACCGAGAGAUUGAGUCAUAGAACAGAUCGAGGAGCAGGAUGGCGACAUGUUCAACAACUUAUGUAUGAAUCUGAUCAGCAAUGUUAUGACAUUCUUCGAAUGAAUCAAAGGACUUUUGAAGCUUUGUGCAAGAUGCUAGCUGAGCGAUAUGGAUUGAAAGAAACUCACCAUGUCUACCUUGAAGAAUCUGUGGCGAUGUUUCUUGAGACUGUUGGUCAAGAUAAGACGAAGCGGGAUAUUGCUGCAAGGUAUCAAAGAUCAGUGGAUACGGUCCAAAGGAAGCUUGAUGAAGUUUUGAGUGCUCUUCUCAAGUUUGCACAGGAUACAUUAAGACCACAAGAAGGCGAGUUUGGAAGAGUGAGUCCUGUUUUGAGGAAUGAUGAUCGGUAUUGGCCUCAUUUCAGAGAUUGUGUUGGAGCACUCGAUGGAACUCAUGUGCUGGUUCGCCCUCCAAGUCAAAAUGCAGAAGCAUAUAAAGGUAGAGGUCGUUUACCGUAUUAA